AUGGUUUCUAAAGAUAGAAAACGAAGUGAAAAAAAGAAAGAUGCUUACAGAAAAAGAAAAAGUGAAACUGAUUCAGUUAGUUCUGCUGGUGCCGUUCCUGUAAAACGUGUAAAUGUUGAUAAUGAAGAUGAAACAUCUGUAUCACUGUCCUCUAAUAUUUUUGUCACAACGUUACGUCGUUCAACACGCCAUUCAAGCACUGUUUCCCGUUUUUCUGAAAUUUCUUUUGAUGAUAAGUGGCCUUCAACCCGCCCGGUUGGUCAUAAAUGUUAUCACUCUCAUUCUGGUAUUGGAUGUGGUGCUAAAAGUUCAAAACACAUGCCGAAAUAUUACAAUUCACUUUACAAAAAUGAUGUAGAAAUUGACUGCCGCUGUCCCUUUUGCAAGGCCAUUUUGCUACCAUCGGAAACAAUUGGUCCUUCCGCAUUUGUUAAAUGUUGUGCAAAGGGACGAGUGAAUUUACAUGACCGCUUCAAUUCAUUGCAAGAUCUUCCAAUCGGCAUCGAUCUGCUGUUACACAAUCCUGCUAAUUCUGCGACACGAGACCGUCUUUUGAAAAAUGUUUUACGCUAUAAUGACCAACUUUCAUUCGGCCAGAUUCGUAUGGAGCGAACUUUUGACUUUUCUGACUCAUAUCGGAUCGUCAAAACAAACAACAUGUUUAACUAUAUGCUGUUUGAUUUUCGCCAACCUGGUGGACAACAACAACCAGAAUUACGAGGCCAGUUAUACACAAUUCCGCCGCAUUCUUCUGAUAUCCGACUAAACGAUUUAGCUACUGAAAAUGAAUUAGAUCCUAUUAUUCUGCAAGAGCUGUUUAACAUUUUGAAACAAAAUCAUUGGAUGUCUGAGCUUUUCAAAAUUGCCUCUGACGUUUAUCAAGAUCUUUCGGCCGACUUACAGCUUCAGUUCCGAAUGCUUGUAGUUGAUGCCAAUAAACGCGGGACCGAGCGCACUAUUGAAAACGUUCCACCACUUGACAUUAAUCCAUCUGAUGCUUCUGUUUUACACCAAAUUCAUCCCGGACGCCUCAGUGUGGAGACUGCUGCAGGAAGCCAACUUGUCGCCCAAUUUUAUUUGGAUAAUGGGGAAAAUGUACCACCUGAAGGCAAUUAUGAUGUGAUUCUUACAGGACAAAAGGGAACUGGCCAAGUUAGUCUGAAAUGGUGGCAUCGUGCAGCUGAUGCAGCGUGUUUCCCACUUUUGUAUUCAAAAGGACAAAAUGGAUUUGAAAAUGCUAUAAAGCUUAUUUUGCGACCUGGAGAAAAUUUGCAAGGAUCAAGACGUGUAAUUGUUGGAGGUGAUGGAGAACUCGACCCAGAAAUCGAUCUUGGAGAAGGCGAAGAGUUCCUCCAUGACGUUGACAAUCAACAAGAACAUCGACGUGAAUAUGUUUCGAGAUCUCAAUACUUUCGUUACAUGUGUCAACAGAGAGGCACCUCAUGGAAAGCACCACAUUGGCUUUGGGAGUGGGGUCAACUUUCCCAGCUCUACACGAUCACGUACAAUCAAAGAAUGGAGGCUCAGAAAGUCCAAUAUAUGAAACAACUUCAAGGAAAGUACCGUUAUGUGCGUCAAGCUGCAUUGAUGGAUUGGCUCAAAAAACUAUUGGAAAAACAAGGCAUAUAA